UAAUGAGGCGGCUUUUUUUUUUUUUUUGGUACUUCGUUAGACGAGCCUCUCCUCAAUUUCUCCCGAUAACCUACUGGUUGACUUCGGGCCUGAUUGGAAAAUCUGGAUUCAACUCCCAUAUAUGUUCUCCGGGAACCCUCGACGACAAAGAAGAAUUCAGGAAGUGGCGACGGUCAGCACAGACGAGAUUGGCGGUGUGUGAAGGAGAAGGGGAGUUCGUGAGAGAAAUGGCGAGUGAGUGAGGGAAAGCCUUUAAAUCCGUACAUACGACUACUCUUGCAAACUCACAUCUUGUGCGGGACAAGAACGGGAUAAAUGAUGGCGGGUCGUAGGGAGGGCCCGCUGAUGAAGAGCGGCGGUGGAGGCGGAAUCGGAUCUCGGAUCGCGGUCGCUAUCGGAAUCGGGAUCUUAUGUGGUUGCGUCUUCGCCUUCCUCUUCCCCAGUGGAUUCUUGGCUUCGCCUGCUGCUAUUUACCCUUCUAAUACUAGCAUCAAAUCACGGCAGGUCAAUUCAUCUCCAUGCGAAUCACCUGAGAGGCUAAACAUGUUAAAGUCAGAGUUAGCUUCACUUACAGAGAAGAAUGCGGAAUUGAAGAAGCAAGUUAGGGAACUGUCAUCAAAGAUCCAGUUGGCUGAGCAAGGAAAAGAUCAGGCCCAGAAGCAGUUUCUAACUUUAGGAACGCUACAUAAAGCUGGACCUUUUGGCACAGUCAAAGGUUUAAGAACCAACCCAUCCGUUCUACCCGACGAAUCCGUAAAUCCCGGUCUAGCAAUGAUACUUGAGAAGGUUGCUAUCAGGAAAGAGCUUAUAGUUGCAUUGGCCAACUCAAAUGUACGAGAAAUGCUAGAAGUUUGGUUUGCAAGUAUCAAAAGAGUGGGUAUACCCAAUUAUAUUGUGGUUGCAUUGGAUGAUGAAACAGAGAAUUUCUGCAAAUCAAAGGAAGUUCCUGUCUACCGUAGACCUCCAGAUGAAAAUGUUGAUUCCAUUGGUAAGACAGGCAGCAACCAUGCUGUUUCUGGACUAAAGUUCCACAUUCUAAGGGAAUUUUUGCAGCUUGGUUAUAGCGUUCUUCUCUCAGAUAUCGAUAUAGUUUAUUUGCAGAAUCCAUUUGAUCAUCUUUAUAGGGAUUCUGAUGUAGAAUCAAUGAGCGAUGGCCACAACAACAUGACAGCUUAUGGAUUUAAUGAUGUCUUCGAUGAACAAUCAAUGGGCUGGGCAAGGUAUGCUCAUACAAUGCGUAUUUGGGUUUACAAUUCAGGUUUCUUUUUUAUAAGACCAACAAUUCCAGCUAUCGAGUUGUUGGACCGCGUCGCGCACCGGUUGUCUCAUGAGCCAAAAUCAUGGGACCAAGCAGUUUUUAAUGAGGAACUCUUUUAUCCUUCACACCCUGGAUAUGAAGGCCUCCAUGCAGCCAAGAGAACCAUGGAUAUCUAUCUCUUUAUGAAUAGCAAAGUUCUCUUCAAAACUGUGAGAAAGGAUGCUCAACUCAGGAAGUUAAAGCCAGUUAUCAUCCAUGUGAAUUACCAUCCAGAUAAGCUUCCAAGAAUGAAGGCUAUUGUUGAGUUUUAUGUUAAUGAAAAACAAAACGCUUUGGAUCCUUUUCCAGAUGGCUCCGACUGGUGAAACUUUGGAACAUAAGCUGCUGAUAGUUCAGAGUCUCUCGCUUUCUUGCCCUUACUAUUUUGACCUUUUUCUUUGAGGUAAACUGACAAAUUUGUUAGCUCUUAUCUUCUUGUGCUCAGUGUAUUCUAAAACUUGCUGCCUUUUAUCUUUUAUUUUACUGUGCUAUGUGAGUUUCUUUUGUCUUAAUUUAAGCCAUGGAUCUUAUUGCAACAAUGCUACCAAACAAGAACAGUUAACUCUAAGUUCAGAGACCUCUUUUUAACA